UCCUGAUAAAAUGGCAACAUUUGUCUAAAAAAAGUUAUACACAAACAAUAUGGUGGAUCAGCUGUUUUCAUUUUUCGUGAGCUCGAAAUUGUUUCCAUAAAAACGACGCGUUGUUAUGGUCACAUAGCCAUGUGUGAAUUAAAAUGGGUUCAAUCGCAUCGGUGCUGCAAUGGCAUUGUCAGACGUGUGGUCAAAUCAACCCCACCGAGAGUGUGAAGUGUUUAAAAUGUAGUAUAAAAAGAGUAUCUGAUCAUGACAGUGUUAUCCAAAAACGAUAUUACACCGGUGAUUCUUCGUCGGAAUACGCUUCUCGGACAGAAAAAAGCGGUGGAACGACUCCCGGCUCAGAAGCUAUCGUCAUACCGACAACAAACACUUUCAAUAGCGGAUGGUCGUGUGUCGGGUCAGCGCCGCUGGCGAGCCGCGCGUGGCGCUGCGGCUGCGGGCUCCGGAACGUUUCGGCCUCUUGGCGCUGCGCUGCUUGCGACAAGAUCGCGCCUCAUGCGCCUGUAUACAGAUUGUCCGAUGACGAGGAACAACCUUCAGGGAUGACUGACAAGGAUAAGCCUGACCAAGACCACAGUAUGAUAAGGUCCAACACUUUAGCUGUCCCUUCGUAUAAACCUUCGUCAAGUUUUUCCGGCGGUCGACCUCUGAACCUUGAUGUGCAGUGCCUGCGUUUAUCUCCGACGCAAAUAACCGAUCAUGCUCAUGGAGUUACAAGAUCUUUAUCUCAUGGCUCUGUGAUCAAUUCGCAACAGAAGUGGUGGAAUGUUGAAGAGACUAGAGGUACCAUAAACAGACCGACGAGUUUGUUAGUCUCUGAAAGAUAUGGUACUUCGUCGUAUAAUCCAAGGGAAUCAUUCUUGAGAAGUCUCCACACAGUUACGAGACGCCCCAAGAAGUUAAAUGAGAGCAAGUCUAAUUGGGAACUGAAUUACGUGAAAGAAUAUCAAAAAGAGCAUAGUAGAGGUCUGCAUUUGAAAAAGUGGGCUUGCAGCAAAUGUACAUUAGAAAAUUCUGGUAUUAGAACACAUUGCGAAGCUUGUUUGUCUCCAAGAAUAUCUCCUCUCGCCCGAAUUUCCAAUACAAGGGGUCUUAGUGUAACGACUUUGGGCAGACACGAGACAUUGAGUGGUAGAGAUGGAGCGACCUCGUUGCCUUCAUCUGGUGGUAUUAUGAUAACCGUUCCAGAUUGGCCGCAAACAGGUACGAAUUCUGGCGAUUCCUUUCAACGAUCAAUUAGCGCACAGAAUUCACCAGAAACUCGGCCGACUUAUCGACGAUCAUUUUCAGAACAGACGAAUGAGAAUCGACCCGUUGGUAAAGUCAUAUCGAGUAGAAGAAGUUUGAAUGACUAUCAGAAAUCACUUGCCGGCUAUUGUGGGACGCUGACAAAGCCUGAAGAUAGGCGGGAUGCUGAUAAGAAGGCGGAAGAAAAUGCUGAAUUGAUUGAUAAGGAAUGCAGCUGGGACACGAAUGCCGAAGGCGUUAUAUAUGCGCUACCGAACAAGGGCAAAUAUAAGGAUCUGAAUCUCCAAUUACAAGUCAAUAAUAAUGGCACGAGGUAUUCGUACGUGUCCGUGCAAGAUACGAAAACAGUCAUGAGCAAUUCACAGAACGAAGUCGUGUAUUCCAAUGAUAUGGGAGACGGUGAUUAUGCCAGGAUCGACGAGUUGCUAGGUGCGGAAAAUUGUAUUUCUCCGAUCGGUGAGACUAAUUUAAGGACGUCGCAUAUCGGUGCGACGAGUAAAGAGACUGGGAAAGUGUUUAAUAUGCUGCCCUCUGUCGGCAAAGUGUCGCAUAACCCUCGGGAUCCGUCUAAAGUGCCUUCUAUUCAGCAAACCUCACGCGAGCCCGGGGGCGCGGCUCGCAUGUGGCAGUGCAGCGAGUGCUGGUUCGCGUACAACGCGUGGGGCGCGCGCUGCGACGUGUGCCGCAGCGCGCGGCCGCCGCACGCCGUCACGCUCGCGCCGCACGACGCCCGCCACAGGAACAAUUCCGCGUCAGAAGCAAGCGCUACGAAAACAGAAGCGAAUCGCAACGAGCCUGCUAAAAAGCUGACAGUGCCUAUCGCUUCAUUGGAUCACGAUCUUAACAGUGACGAACUCCUAUUUGCCGUUGACACGUCGGCGCCGGCGGCGGAGCUGGGCACGUGGUCGUGCGCGCGCUGCACGCUCGUCAACGAGGCGGGCGCGGCCGCGUGCGCCGCGUGCGCCGGCUCGCGGCCCUCGCCGCACGCCUACUGGUCAUGCAGUUCGUGUACAUUAAGGAACCCGCUGUCAGCGAACCUCUGUCUUGCUUGCAAAACUCCGCCGGUACCCAAACACGGCGUCCCGGGAUCUUCGAACGAAGCUACGAAUCAAGCAGCUGCUGCGGGUCGAAGUCCAUCUAGGCACACCCCGGCACCGAGAAGAGCUUCGCGACACAAGACUCCUCCCCCCGAACACAAAGGCGAAACCACAGAAUGGCCGUGCUCGGAGUGUACGUUCGUGAACGCUGGCACGGCCCUGGCUUGCGACAUGUGCCAGUCGCCCAAAACCAGGCUUUUGCCAGCCGCGCCAGACCAGCCCAGCUUAGAUGACGAUGAUUCCCCGGAGGGUUCAGACGGGGAGCGUCAAGAGAGCACCCCUAUGGAAAUACUCCGCCUGAGAGAGGAAAGUCACGCCUGGACACAGUGGCAGGAGGUUCUAGCUCAAUGUGCCGCGACGGGCUCGAUGUACGUGGACGCGUCGUUCCCGGCGGCGCCGCGCUCGCUGUACUACGCGGGCGCGGGCGCGGGUGCGGGAGCGGGAGCGGGCGCGGCGGCGGGCGCGGGCGCGGGCGCGGGCGCGGGCGAGGGCGCGGGCGCGGCGGCGCGCUGGCUGCGGCCGCACCACAUACACGUGGACGCCGACCCGCGCCUGCCCUGGCUCGUGUUCCGCGACCCGCGCCCGUCCGACAUCUCGCAAGGUGUGCUGGGCAACUGCUGGCUGCUGUCGGCGCUGGCGGUGCUGGCGGAGCGCUCGGCGCUGGUGCGCAGCGUGCUGGUGCGCGCGGAGCCGGCCCGCGGCGCCUACCAGCUGCGCCUGUGCAAGGACGGCCGCUGGCUCACCGUCACGCUGGACGACCUGCUGCCUUGCAACCGGAAGGGACACCUCGUCUACUCGCAGGCGAAAAGAAAACAACUGUGGGUACCUUUAAUAGAGAAAGCUGUCGCGAAACUACACGGCUGCUACGAAGCGUUGGUCUCGGGGAGAGCCAUCGAAGGGCUGUGCACGCUGACGGGCGCGCCGUGCGAGUCGGUGUCGCUGCAGGCGGGCGGCGCGGGCGGCGGCGCGGGCGCCCCGCUGGAGCAGCUGGACCGCGACCUGGUGUGGGCGCAGCUGCUGUCCUCGCGCCAGGCCUGCUUCCUCAUGGGCGCCAGCUGCGGCGGCGGGAACAUGAAGGUGGACGAGGAGGAGUACCAGCGCCUGGGCCUGCGGCCGCGCCACGCCUACUCCGUGCUGGACGUGGCGGAGCUGGGCGGCAGCCCGCCGCUGCGCCUGCUGCGCCUGCGCAACCCGUGGGGCCACUACACGUGGCGCGGCGCGUGGGCGGCGCACUGCCCGCGCUGGACGGACGCGCUGCGCCGCGCGCUGCCCGCCGCCGAGCGCGACCAGGGCGUGUUCUGGAUCAGCUUCGACGACGUGCUCAGGUACUUCGACUGCAUAGACAUAUGCAAGGUGCGAGUGGGAUGGCACGAGGUCCGGCUGGCCGGCAUCCUGCCUCCCAUGUCGUCCACGCGACACCUGACCUGCCUCCUGCUCACUGCCACUCAACCCACCGAGGUCGACUUUACGCUGUUUCAAGAGGGACAGAGAAAUUCAGCCAAAAGUCAGAGGUCCCAGCUCGAUUUGUGCGUAGUUGUUUUCAGAACUAAAUCUGGACCUAGCGCUCAAGUUGGCAAACUAGUAGCUCAUAGCAAAAGACAAGUCCGAGGUUUCGUCGGCUGUCAUAAAAUGUUAGAAAAAGGAUUUUAUUUAGUAGUAUGCUUGGCUUUCAACCACUGGCACACCGGUCUGGAACUGGCAGACAGUUCAGCCUGGCCACGACACGUUCUAGCAGCACAUUCUUCAAAACCGUUGACCGUGGAACGUCCCUCGCUCCAUCCACAUAUCCUAGCGGACGCUAUCAUUGGCUUGACCUUGGCAAGAGGUCAAAGGCACGAAGGAAGACAAGGAAUGACGGCGUAUUAUUUGACGAAGGGUUGGGCUGGUCUAGUGGUGAUGGUGGAAAACAGACACACGGACAAAUGGAUCCACGUGAAGUGCGACUGUCAAGAGAGUUACAACGUAGUGUCCACGCGCGGGGAACUCAAGACCAUCGACUCUGUGCCGCCGCUGCAUCGACAAGUGAUCAUAGUGCUGACGCAACUGGAGGGUAGCGGCGGAUUCUCUAUAGCGCACCGACUCACGCACCGCCUGGCGGCCGGCGCCCGCCUGCAGGACUGGGCGCCGCGCGCCGACGACCAGCCGCGCCACCGGCCCCCCCUCGCGCGCCGCCUCAGCGGCCUGCACGCGCCGCGCCUCAUCACGUAGGGUGCGCUCGCCCUACCAGCCGCGCCACCGCCCCCCCCCCCCCUCCUCGCGCGCCAUAGCUCGCGCACGCACCAGCCGCGACUACACCCCCCCCCCCCCUUCGCGCGCGCGCCGCUUCACCGCAAUGGUACCCUACAAAAGCGCCCUAAGCGACCAUAGUCCAACUUAGAUUGAGUAUGACUAUUCAUAUAGCUAGCUAGGGUCCAUUUAUACUCAAACAUUAAUAACUAGAAAUUCUUAAUUAAAGAGGCCACAUCGUAACCUAGUGUACACAUUUUGAGAUAACAAAAAUCUAAAAUAGAACACGUACUUACUAAGAAAAAUGGACCGUAAGGCUUCAGUGACAAAGUUGAAUAUCAAAUGGAUCAUAGUUAAUAAGGAUCAAUGAUCUUUCGAAUUCGUGUCUAGAAUAUUUGAUUUAGCUUUUACUAGAUAUUAAUUAUAUAAGCCUGUACGAAAUCCACUUCUCGCUGUUGAAGAUGGUUCAGAAACUGGCACGAUGCCAUAUUAACAUCAAAUAUGCCAUUUAACAUAUUUCAACGUGUAAUUCAAUCAAGCGUCAUUAUUAUACUGCCUUAAGAUCAAAUAAGUUUUAAAUAAUAGGAAACAGACACAAAAUAAACUUGAAAAUUGAUGACAUUGAAGGUACGAAGGACGAUCUACUCAUAAAUCGUAAUUUUUAAUAUGUAAAGACUAUCAUUUGAUAACUUAAUACAAUUCGUAUUUUUUAACUAUAAAUAAAUAUUGCAUAUAAAAUGUCACAAUGGUUAUUUUUCGACUAGUUGUAACUUCAAUUAAAUAUUAAGCCAUCAAUGAUGUAUAAACUGUAAGAUGUUUAAUCAUUAUGUAAUAAUCGCGUAGAUGAGUAAAGGCAUUGUAUUCGUUAAUUUAGUCCUUAAUCGUAUUGUUUUAAGAACGGAAAUCGCGCAAUCGAUAAAUUUUAAAUGUGAUUUUGUUUGAGAUCUGAAAAUUGUUUUGAUUAUUUUUAAAUCAAUAUGUUCGGGGAUGUGAUGUUAGAUUUAUAAUAACUCAGUGCAAUUAAAUGAAUUUCUUUAGGGUAUAGGUUUCUGCACGCAUUUUUAUAUAAAUAAUAUAUAAUAGGAAAAUAAAGGAAAUAGGGGUGUGCAAAUGUGACUAAAAAUUAUAAUUUCUAAGUUUUUUUUUUUUGGGUAAUUCUGAGGUUAUGAAGUGAUCAUUUAUUGUUAAAGUGUUGAAUGUCAAUGUGUAAUAUCGGUCUAUAUUUGAACACCCCUGCGGUUUACUUUUCAUUGGAACCUAUUUGAAGAACAUGUACGAAAUAUUUGUAUGAGUUUUUUUUUUUUUAAUUUUUAAUCUUGCUAUGGAGUAAUUAUUUGUUUGAAUUGCUUAUAUGAUAUUUCGAUUUAAGACAAUGCGCUAUCUCCAACGUGCAACAGGACAGUAGUGAGACUGAAGUGACACUUAAAGAAAUGUCAUGACCAUCUCGCCAGAGAAAGUAAUGUCUGAUGAAAUAAAAGAUCUGUAUGUUGUUCAAAUAUUGAGGGUUAGCUAUGCAUCUACACUCUUUAAGCUAGGUCCUUCAACUUUCCCAAAAAAUAUUUUAAAAAAAAAUUUCAUUGUUUUG